AUGCUGCGGCGCGCGGCGGCGCGGGCCCCGGCCGCGGGGGCGCUUCCACGGGAAGACCCCCGGGAAGGGCGCGCUUCCACGGGAAACCCGCGUGCGGGCCCGGUGCUGCCCGCCGACUCGCUCUGUCCGUGCAGGCUCGCCAGCGAGCUCAGCAGCGACAAGGGCCACGCGUUCGUGGAGCAGCUGCACAAGGUGCAGUGCAUGCUGCAGGACGUGGGCUCCAACAUCGCGACGCCCCUCUCCUCGGCCCGGCAGGCCCACCUCAAACGAACAUCUUUCAGUGAGAAGCCAGUUCUGGAGCUGGAACAGUGGAUUGAUAAAUACUCGGAAGAGCUUCCCCCGCUCCGAGCUUUCAUACUGCCAUCGGGAGGGAAAAGCAGCGCCGCUCUCCACGUUUCCCGAGCUGUCUGCCGCAGAGCUGAGAGGUGUGUGGUGCCACUAGUGCAAGCAGGGGAAGCAGAUCCAAAUGUGGCCAAAUAUUUAAACAGGCUAAGCGACUAUCUCUUCGUUUUGGCACGUUAUGCUGCAAUGAAAGAAGGGAAGGAAGAGAAAAUAUAUAUAAAGCCUGAACCAUAAAGGGACUUGGGUUAUUGCUUUCUAAAUCACAAAACGCUGAAUUCAACAGACUGUUUUUUUCUCAGGCAAGGAAGGGAAGAGAAUGAGCCUCGAUUUGGGACUGUGAACUUGCCAAAAACUUCCCAUUUACAUAAACAGGACCUGGUUCACAAGUGCUCUAAGGAACACAGCUGUCCAAGAGGCCUUGUCCAGGUAUCUCUUGAAUGGUGGGGUGACUUCAGAAUUCAUGUUUGCCCCAAACUGGAACUCCAAAUGGUCACAGCUGAUUUCUAGAGAUAUUUUAAUUUCUCUGGGCAGGGGCAGGUGCUAUGCAAAGACUCUGACAGGACUCUGAGGAAUGCAGAAGAAAAACUAAUGAGCUUCUCUUUAAGUUGUAAUGCUCAUACAGAACAGAGAUUCAGGAACUCUGUCCACCAUCUCUGAAAUAAUAAAUGU